AUGAGCCGGGCGGAACCUGGCGUUGCAGAAAAGUCGACAGCCACAGGCCCCGCAGACGUGAAUUUCCCUGCAGGAGACCCGAAUCCGCAAGUACCUGUAAGUGCAAGUGGAGACAGGGAGCUCCGGAUCCUGCUCAAAGGACUGUGUCCGAGGGUCGGGGUCUGGAUGGGGGCCCAGGCAGGCGUUCCCAAAGCAACUGACCCGGAGCACGUCACGGCGCCUGCGCCGUUCCUCGCCCCGCCCCCGACCGGCCGGUGGGAGGCGGGCACCAAUGGAGCGCGCGUAACCGAGUCUUCCGUCCCGGUCACCAACUCCGUGGCAGCACGCUCCAGGAGCGGCGUGAGGCGAGCGCAGGCUCCUCCGUCCGCAAGCCCCUCCGUCCGCAUAUCGUCCGCGCGCGCUCCUCUGAGGAGCGCGUUCUCCAGCGUCCUGGCUGCCAGGGCCGUGGGCAUCCGGGCGGUGGCCUGGCUGCUGCUCUGGGAGGCGGCUGGACUCCCCAGCAUACCGGCCACGGCCUUCUCUGCCGCCCCCACAGACACUGGCAUAAGGGCCACUUGUUCUGAAAUUAUUUUGAGGCAAGAAGUUUUGAAAAAUGGUUUCCAUAGAGACCUCUUAAUAAAAGUGAAAUUUGGAGAAAGCAUUGAGGAUUUACAGACCUGCCGACUCUUAAUUAAACAGUACAUCCCAGCAGGACUUUUUGUGGAUCCGUAUGAGUUGGCUUCAUUACGAGAGAGAAACGUAACAGAGGCAGUGAUGGUUUCAGAAAAUUUUAAUAUAGAAGCUCCUAAUUACUUGUCCAAGGAAUCCGAAGUUCUAAUUUAUGCCAGACAAGAUUCACAGUGCAUUGAUUGUUUCCAAGCUUUUUUGCCUGUGCACUACCGCUAUCAUCGGCCACAUAGUAAAGAUGGAGAAACCGUUAUUGUGGUCAAUAACCCUGAUUUGCUGAUGUAUUGUGAGGAAGAGUUUCCAAUUUUGAAAUGCUGGGCUCAGUCAAAAGUGGCAGCUCCUUGUGCUUUGAAGAAUAAGGAUAUCUGCCAAUGGAACAAUAUGAAAUAUAAAUCAGUAUGUAAGAAUGUGACUCUACAGGUUCCAGUGGGACUGACUAUACAUACCACUUUAGUAUGUUCUGUGACUCUGCUCAUUACCAUCCUGUGUUCUACUUUGAUCCUUGCGGCUGUUAUCAAAUAUGGCCAUUUUUCCCUAGAAGUUUUAUGCUUUUCAUAAACCUAAAUAAGACCUAUUUACUUGUGACUGGAA